AUGGAAACUGAUAAACAUCUAUUUAGUGAAAAUAAACAAGCCAAUGGCAAACGUAAUGAAUCAAAGCCUGUCAAGGAUAUAAAAGCCGAACCGAAGAACGUCAAUGGCCAUCCCAACUUAAUACAGACGUUCCAAAAGAUGUUUCACUUGGAUGUUCCAGAUAAAUCGACAAAAAGUUCAUCUGAAUCUGACGAAGAUAAAGGCGAAUCUAAUAUUUCACGUGGUGAAAAACGAUUAUCUUCAACGACGACUGGCUCAAAACUACGUUUCCAGAAGUUAACAACCGAUUCACAUGUACACAACUUACAGCCAAGCAAGAGGGCUCAUCGCGUUUCCGCUAUAUUGAAAGAACUUGGAUUUAUUUCUCAUAAUCACCACGAAGAACAAACACCAACAUCUCAUAAUAAUGGACCUAGCGAGAAAUCCUCGCGAAGUGAGUGCUCUUUCGCUGAAAAAUAUGGAACUUGUAAAGAGAUUAUUGGCAAAGGCGCCUUCGGUAUUGUUCGUAUCGCUCAUAAAGCUGAACCAAAAAACCCAGGAGGAAAACUGUUUGCCGUCAAGGAGUUUAGGAGGCGUCACAAUGAACCAACAAAGAAAUAUAUUAAGCGUCUUACCUCCGAAUUCUGUAUCUCAUCAUCCUUACAUCACUUGAAUGUCAUUGAUACCUUGGAUCUAAUGCAAGAUACACAAGGAAAUUACUGUGAGGUAAUGGAAUACUGUGCUGGUGGAGACCUUUACUCGCUAAUUAUUGCGUCUGGCGGUGGUUUGGAGCUUGAGGAGGCGGAUUGUUUCUUCGGCCAAUUGAUCAACGGAGUCAAGUAUUUGCACGAUAAUGGUGUCGCUCAUCGCGACCUGAAACCCGAGAAUCUACUUCUCACCGCUGCUGGAUGUUUGAAGAUUACCGACUUCGGAAAUGGUGAAUGUUUCCGAAUGGCGUGGGAAACUCAGGCUCAUCUUUCGCGUGGUGUUUGUGGCAGUGAGCCCUACAUAGCACCGGAAGAGUAUACUGGGAAUUGGUUUGAUCCCAGAUUAGUAGACAUAUGGGCUUGUGGUAUCAUAUACAUGUGCAUGAUAACCGGCAGACAUCCAUGGCGCAUUGCUAAAUGGCAGGAAGAUGGUCAAUACCGGUUAUAUGCCGAAGCAAAGGCAGACGGCCGUGUUUUAAGUCAAUUCCAGGGAUUGAGUAAUGGUUCCCGUCGUAUGAUGAGCAAGAUAAUUGAACCAAAUCCCAAGCUUCGCGUUCAUGCCGAGAAGAUCACCCAGGAUCAGUGGUUUGCUACAAUAGUCAUAUGCUUCAAGCCUCCCUCUGCAGGAUCAUCUGGUGUGGGAACUUGUACUAGCAGUCAUCAUGAUUCUGUACUGAGUAACAAGUUGAGCGUAGCUUCAUAG